UAGAGCAGAAUCCAGAAUGGAUGUCCUCUUUGUAGCCAUUCUUGCUGUGCCACUCAUCCUGGGACAAGAAUAUGAGGAUGGAGAAGAACUGGAGGAGGAUGACUAUUAUCAGGUGAUCUAUUAUUACACAAUCACCCCCAACUAUGAUGACUUUGGUGUGAACUUCACUGUUGAUUACUCUAUGUUCGAGUCAGAGAACACAGUGAACAGGUUGGAUGAUAAGGUGGAAGCAUCAGAGACUACCAUUAGUUAUGAAACAGACCGCGCUGACCAUCAGAAGCCUGUAACAGAGAAACCAGUGACAAUGGAACCACAGAGUCCAGAUCUGAAUGACGCUGUAUCCGGUCUGCAGAGUCCUGGUCCACUCCUUCUGUCCUGGGCCCUCGUUCAGGGGAUGAUGUAUUUCCUGUAAAAGGAGAAGGAAGACUCGUUGAUGGGGAUUUGGGAAGAAGAGAGUGGAAGAUUAAAUAAAUAAAUGAAGUAAUCUGGUUACUCUCUACUCCUUUAUGAGGGCCAGUUCUAAAGCCGCAACACUGAAGAGAGCACCAGGAUAUGUGGGAA